AUGGAACAAGACAAGGAAAUUCUCUGCCCGUUCUGUGGCUGGAAAAGCAGGACAGGCGAAUAUGAAAUGUUGAUUCAUAUCGAGACCCUUCAUUCUGAGGAUCCCUCACCAUUUGUUGCCCAGGAAGACCAAACAUCUGGUGCCACGAUCACGGACGAGGAUCCUGCUUAUGUUGAGUGUCCAAUCGAGGAUUGCGGCGAGAUCUUACUGCUCUCCGACCUGGACUACCAUCUCGAGCUUCAUGAACAAGAGGCAGCUGGAUCUGCUGAGCAUUUGGCUGAGGAAUCAAUUCCUGCAAGCUCGGAGCAGAAACAAGACGCCACCAGUGCCCAAACUUUGCAUACCUCUUCUCAUUCUGCCAGUCCCAAGCCUCACCAUCGUGAGGGAGGGCAUCACCACAAGCGGGAACAUAAAUCACCUAAGUCAGAGCGCCAAGCCUCUGCAAUAAGCUUCUGGAAGAAUCUUCUCAGGAUGCCUGGUUCCUCGUCCUCAAAUCAUAGGCAUAACUCUAAGAAAAGACGUCAUGAGAAAACUCACACAGAGGAUGGGUCUGCUGCAACGAGACUCAUCAAGCGUCUUGGGACCGCACAAUUGGGGAAGUAUGCCCAUGAAGAGCGCAUGCCAGACUGGCUAGUAAACCUCCUGAAACGAGAGGGCCAGGUGGUCGCCAAGGGCGUGAUUCCUGUCAUAACAAAACUGCUCGAGCAGAGCCCUUCAGUCAAGUAUGCUUAUCUCUGUCAUCCGUGCGUGCAGCAUGUCUCUAAACUUAAGAAGGAAGAUUACAUUGAGGGUGCCUGGGACCACGGAAUCAAUGUACAGGGUCGCAUAGAGACGGGAGGUAUCCGUGGCACCAGAAAAUAUAUUGGAACUCCAGAAGCGUUAGCCAUGUUCCGGUACUUAAAUAUCCCAUGCGAAGCUCGCGCCAUCAAGAACAAAGACUCCGCGAAGGCCGAGGCAGAGCUGAUGGAUUUCGUCGAGCAAUACUUCCAGUCCGGUGUCCUCGACCCAACGCAGCGUGUCCGCCGAACUAACCUACCCCCUAUCUACUUCCAGCACGUCGGCCACUCUCUAACGAUCAUUGGCUUUGAGCGGCUUAAGAGCGGUUCUAAGAACCUUCUCGUGUUUGAUCCUUCCUUCCACGACGCUUCCUACAUCACACGCUUGACCAAUGUGGAGGGGGAAUGGCGCCAUCCCCUGCCAGACAUGGCUCUGCGACCGUAUCGGAGGGGGACUAGGUAUCUCAAAAACUUCCGUGAGUUUGAACUCUUGAGGUUACGGCCGGAUUCGGAGUAG